AAGGCUGACGCUCUGCCUACUGCACGGAAGAGGCCUGGCUGCCUACUGCACGGAAGAGGCCUGGCUGCCUACUGCACGGAAGAGGCCUGGCUGCCUACUGCACGGAAGAGGCCUGGCUGCCUACUGCACGGAAGAGGCCUGGCUGCCUACUGCACGGAAGAGGCCUGGCUGCCUACUGCACGGAAGAGGCCUGGCUGCCUACUGCACGGAAGAGGCCUGGCCGCCUACUGCACGGAAGAGGCCUGGCCGCCUACUGCACGGAAGAGGCCUGGCCGCCUACUGCACGGAAGAGGCCUGGCCGCCUACUGCACGGAAGAGGCCUGGCCGCCUACUGCACGGAAGAGGCCUGGCCGCCUACUGCACGGAAGAGGCCUGGCCGCCUACUGCACGGAAGAGGCCUGGCCGCCUACUGCACGGAAGAGGCCAGGCCGCCUACUGCACGGAAGAGGCCAGGCCGCCUACUGCACGGAAGAGGCCAGGCCGCCUACUGCACGGAAGAGGCCUGGCCGCCUACUGCACGGAAGAGGCCUGGCCGCCUACUGCACCGAAGAGGCCUGGCCGCCUACUGCACCGAAGAGGCCUGGCCGCCUACUGCACCGAAGAGGCCUGGCCGCCUACUGCACGGAAGAGGCCUGGCCGCCUACUGCACGGAAGAGGCCUGGCCGCCUACUGCACGGAAGAGGCCUGGCCGCCUACUGCACCGAAGAGGCCUGGCCGCCUACUGCACCGAAGAGGCCUGGCCGCCUACUGCACCGAAGAGGCCUGGCCGCCUACUGCACCGAAGAGGCCUGGCUUCAGAUUAGAAGGCUGACGCGCUGCCUACUGCACCGAAGAGGCCUGGCUGCCUACUGCACCGAAGAGGCCUGGUUUCAGAUUAGAAGGCUGACGCGCUGCCUACUGCACCGAAGAGGCCUGGCCGCCUACUGCACCGAAGAGGCCUGGCUUCAGAUUAGAAGGCUGACGCGCUGCCUACUGCACCGAAGAGGCCUGGCCGCCUACUGCACCGAAGAGGCCUGGCUUCAGAUUAGAAGGCUGACGCGCUGCUUACUGCACCGAAGAGGCCUGGAGGACUCUAGGGCAUACAGUCUGAAGAAGGGCCAGUUGGAGAGGGACUAUGUCCAGGCUCUGCAGAAGCUGGCCAGUCAGUACCUGAAGAGGGAUUGGCCAGGCAUCAAACCAGAGGACCAAGGCACAGACUACAGGAAUGUGUAUGCUGUGUGGCGGUCCUAUCUGAAGGGGACAGUACAGGUGACUCAGUCUCGCAUCAACGUGUGUGACAACUACAAGAAUGAGAUCUCAGAUCCUGCUAAAACUGUACGGCUAUACAAGGAACAGCAGCUCAACAAGAGUAUAGAACAGUUGAAUCGUAUCCAGGUGGAGCUUCAGGACUCUGUGAAAGACCUGGCCAAAGCCAAGAAGAAAUACUACGACUCAGAACAGGUGGCUCAGGCCGUUCGAGAGAAGGCUGACAUCGAGGCCAAGUCAAAGCUGGGUCUGUUUCAGUCCAGGAUUAGUUUACAGAAAGCCAACGUUAAGUUGAAAGCCAAGAGGAGUGACUGUAACUCUAAAGCAACCCAUGCCAGGAAUGACUAUCUGUUAACCUUGGCAGCAGCCAACGCUCACCACGACCGCUACUACCACACAGACCUGCUGCACUGUAUACAGGAGUUGGAUGGCGGGAUAUAUAACCAUGUGAAAGACUAUCUGAUCUCUAUCUGUCAGACAGAGCUGGAGGCCUUUCAGGUCAUACACAACACCUUCCAGUUCCUACUGGACAAAUCCACCGGGUGAGACAGCUGUGUGGUGCAGGAGUUUAACCAGCAGCUCUUCAUGCAGGAGAACCCUGUGUUUCAUAAAGCACAAGACUUCCAGUUCCAACCCAGUGACUGUGACACGAGUCGUAAGUUGGAGACAGACACGGGGAGCCCGACAGAGGUGCACAGUCUGAACAAGGAGGCCAGGAAAUGGGCAACCAGAAUGGCCCGAGAACACAAGAACAUUGUCCACUACAAGAGAGUGACCUGGAGGAAUGUGAGACACUGGGGAGUUCCUCAAACAGAGCAGGGCCGGCUUGAUCUGGAGCUGAAGAUAGAGGAUACCAAAGAGAACAUCCGCAAGGCUGAGGUGCUAAAGCUGAAGGCAGAGGCUCGUUUGGACCUGCUGAGACAGGUGGGCGUUGCCGUGGAUACCUGGCUGAAGAGCGCCAUGAACCAGGUGAUGGAGGAGCUGGAGAAUGAGCGCUGGGCUAUGCUAAACUACACUACCCACGAUCCCUCACUCUCGGGCCCAGUUGAUCUGGAGCGGUCGGAGGGUGAGGAGUGUGAGGAGAACAUGGAGGUGUUUGAUGACAGCAGCUCCAGCCCCUCUGGGACUCUCAGGAACUACCCACUCACCUGCAAAGUCCUCUACUCAUACAAGGCAUCUCAGCCAGAUGAGUUGAGUAUAGAGGAGCAUGAGAUGUUGGAGGUGAUAGAGGAUGGAGACAUGGAGGACUGGGUCAAGGCGAGAAGUAAGACAGGGCUGAUUGGCUACGUCCCAGAGAAGUAUCUUCAGUUCCCCACCUCUAGCAGCCUACUGAGCAUGCUCCAGUCUCUCGCUGCGUUGGACGCUCGCUCACACACCUCCUCCAACUCCACCGAGCCAGAGAUACACACUGGCAGCAUCAACGGAGACGCCAGCUUGAGUUUUGUGAGGGCACUGUAUGACUACGAUGGUCAGGCGGAUGAGGAGCUGUCCUUCCCAGAGGGGGCUGUCAUCCAUCUGCUGAACAGAGACACCCAAACAGACGAUGGCUUCUGGGAGGGAGAGUUCAACGGACGAGUGGGAGUCUUCCCUUCUGUACUGGUGGAGGACCUGACUGAGAGCAGAGAGAACAGAGUAGACAAACUGAUCUCUCCAUCUUCGAGGCUGCCCUCCUCGUUGCCCCCCCUCCCUCUGUAUGAUCAGCCCCCCUGCAGCCCCUACGCCACCCCAGACACCCCCACCCCUCCGCUCCUCCCUCGAUCUCCCUCUGUCAAUGGGGAACACAAGCCACCUCCCACAAUGUUCAAGGGACCCACUCACAAUCAUAGUCCAGUGUCUCCAGAGUUCCCCCAGCCCUCCCGGUUCACCCCGACGGAGGCAUCAGCACACUACGACCUGUCCGUGCAGCACCUCCGCCCCCCAAGCAGAAACCUCGCAAACAGACAGAGAAGACUGAGGAGGUGGAGAUCACACUGGUGUGACAGACAGACAGACAGAGAAGACUGAGGAGGUGGAGAUCACACUGGUGUGACAGACAGACAGACAGACAGACAGACAGACAGACAGACAGACAGACAGACAGACAGACAGACAGACAGACAGACAGAGAAGACUGAGGAGGUGGAGAUCACACUGGUGUGACAGACAGACAGAGAAGACUGAGGAUGUGGAGAUCACACUGGUGUGACAGACCGACAGAGAAGACUGAGGGCGUGGAGAUCACACUGGUGUGACAGACAGACAGAGAAGACUGAGGAUGUGGAGAUCACACUGGUGUGACAGACCGACAGAGAAGACUGAGGACGUGGAGAUCACACUGGUGUGACAGACAGACAGAGAAGACUGAGGAUGUGGAGAUCACACUGGUGUGACAGACAGAGAGACAGCAGGGCACAGACCUGGAUGACUGAACUUUGAACUGGGCUUCACCUCUACGCUUUGAACCCUGGAACCCCCUCCCCUACCUCCCUCCACUGGGAAGAAACAUGGGAAGGAAGAUGGUUCUGUCUCCAAGCAA